AUGAUUUCUUUUGGCACUCCAUCAUUCCUCUCAUCAUCAUCGGGAAGUUAUCAUAAUGGUCAAAUAUUAUCAUCAUCAACAUCCUCCUUGCAAGGCUCGUUGAGUCCGAAAUGUACAGAACUGCUUCUAAGAAUUGCCAAUAAUGAUCUGGAAGGAAUUAUUCAAAUAUUAUCUCACGAAAAAUCAACGAAUAACACUAUCAUUGGAAAUUCAACAACACCAAGCAAUGGAAAUAUUUACGAUCAGCAACAUCAAUCAAACAUAUUCAAUGAUUUAUUUAAAACUGCAUUAUUUAUUUCAAGAGAGAAUUUAACUGUAUCGGAGAAGGAUGAAUUAAUUCAACACUUUACCAGCAUACUCAGAUGUUUAUUAUUAUUUGAUAAAACUAGGAAGAAGAGUUUAAAUUUUGUUUAUGAUUUAUUGACGAGUUCAAAUAUUGAGCAGAACUAUGCAGAGUCAUUUGUGGACUCGUCGGCUUCUUGCACCAUUGAAUUAUCGGGAAGGCUCAUCAUGUCAGUCAUUAGCGAAGUACACUCUUCAUUGUACCAUUUUCGGCAUACGACGUCUGUACUCACAUUGGAACAAGGAUCCCAUAGAAAAAGGAAAACAUACAGCAAUGGAAACGAUGAAGACGAGGAAUCACUUCUUGUCUAUGACGAAGAAGACAUGAUGGAAGCAAACAUUGCUCAAAACAAUAAGAUGGAAAAACAAAAGAUUGGCAACAUAUUACAACAUAAUCCUGGCUCUGAAUUGCUAGGGGUGAUGCUACUUGGAGCGAAUACUGAAAUUUCUUCAUCUGCUCUCAACUCAUCCAUCUUGUAUAUUCUAAAAGAUCUGAAAGAAUUCACAAACGAAAAAAUAGAACUCAUGCUUUCAUCUAAUAAUCGAAGACACACUGCUAACGUGAAUGGAAACAUUGCAUUUCUUGAAUUAAUACCAGUAAUGAUCACUACGUGCAAAACUCUCGCAGACCAACUAUCCAUUUCUCAAAAUUUUCAAGAAAAGACAGAUACGGAAAUUAUUUCCUUCAUCCUAGAGAAACAAUGGAAGCCAGAAUAUUUUAUUAGUUUGUUAAACAUCUUUUUAGAUGUGAAAAUUGAUGAAAGUUCAAACUUCCAUGUGUGUAUCAUCAAAAAAAUUCAAACAGCUCCAAGAAAUUUAGAAAUAUCUGGUAUUGUACAAGUACUAUUGAAACUCGCUGAACAAUACAACUCUCAAGGGUUUUCAAAUUUAGAAUAUAUUCAAGUGAUCAAAACCGUUUUUAGUAAGACGAGCACAAACAUUGAUUCUAGACUUAAUUUGUACUAUAUCAUUCAAUCAGCACUGCAAUAUUCAUUGCCUCUACUGAACAUUGUACUUAAAGCAAUGGACCAAUUCUAUGAGGUGAAACCAGUGGACGUGAAUAAGUGUUCAUUUAGCGAACAUUUUGUUGACUUUAUGAUCUUAUUGCUCGCAUAUAAGAAUGAACUGGUGAAGGACAAGGUUUUUACUCAUAUCAACAAGUUUAUUCACUCCAUUUACAAACAUGUGACGCCUCAAAAUCAAAACAUGUCAGACGCUGAACCUUUCUUUUCGCCUGGGUCUAAAAAGUCCUUUGGUUCAUCCUCCACCUCAAUAUUGGAUCACGAUGUGAUAGAAAUGACCGAUACUUAUUAUGUUGAGACUAUUAUCAAAUCUGCAUGUAAUGUGAAUAUUGUAUCCGAGGAAAUGCUUUCCAUUCUUGGUGAAUGGUGUAGAAUGAAUAACAGAAUGUUGAAUACGAUUGGAAAGAGUGGUAUUGUUUUCUUAUUUUCCGCUUGUGAAGGCAGCAGAAGCACAAUUUUACAAAAAAUUAUAGGAAGUAUUGCUGAAGAAAACCAGGUUGUUUAUCUGCGUGAAACACCUAUUGCUAUCCUAGAAGCAUUACUGGCUGAGGAGCGGGCCUUUGCGUUCUGUUCAAUUAUUGAAAGGUUAUACGACUAUUUAUCGACCUUUGAUCAAUAUUCUUAUGCUGUCAGCUCCAGAAUUUUACUGGCCAUACUUCCAAUAUCAGAAGUGUCCGACUACAUUCGUGGAGAGUUGCUUGCCAAACUAGAAAAAAUAUGUGUCGACGAUAAGAGAGAAAAAAUAGGUGAUAAGCGAAAAUUGGCCAUAUUUGGAUUAUCCAUGCUGCUUUCAAUGCCAAGUUAUCAGCAAGAUCAAGUGACUAUAUUAACGGCUUUACAAAAUGCAUUUCGGUUUAAUGAUAUGGACAUGAAAAUGCAUUUGUACAAAUCUCUCAGCAACUCAUUAAUGAAAGUGCAAUCAUCCAUUAACGGGCAGAUAAGCCAAGAAGCGUGUGAAAUUUUGUUUCACAUGUUGAAAUCGAAAUUGUUAAAUUAUUUCACGAUGAACAAGGAUAGAGGUAUUUACAAUCUUGAGAUUGAAAAAUGUUUUGAACUUGUAAGCGAGGACGGAAAAUAUAGACAACAAGAACCACUGGAAGAAUUAUUUAAAUGCUUUGCUCUUCUUGACAAGGUACUUAAAAAACAAAACUCAGACCUGUGUGGCAGCUUGUACUCCAAAUUGUUUGAAAGCUUGUGGAGAAUAUCCGAGACAUCGAAUGGCUAUGCAAAAUUUUAA